AUGUCUGGAACAGCUUCCUUCUCCAACGCAGGCAUCGAGAUACAAUAUCUCAACCAAUCAGCUAUCCCACGCUCGCCUUACACGCAAAAGAUGAAUCCCAUCUUCGCCGGUCUUAUUACACCUCCUGAAUCUCCCAUUCGAUACGCCCAGCGGGACUCUCUUGAUACCACCGCAGCUCACUCACCUGUUCUCUCAAAUUUGGAGGCAAAUCCGGCUCUGAGCUCUACGAACGAAGUCCAAAAGGCUGUGGAAGCUUUGUCUGUUGCUAUCAGAAAUGCAAGUGCUGAGCAAGAUGCCAAUUUCACCAAAGUACCGUCGACACCAGUGACUCCUGUUGACUUCGACAACAUCCGCGAGGCUAUCUACUCAAUCGUCGAGAACACAGUAGAGGAGAAGAUGGCCGAUGCCAUGGGUCCUCUGCGAUUGAACAUCAGCAAACUAGAUGAUUUGCAAUCACAUUUUCGCCGCGAGACUACCGACAUACGAGAUCAAAACGACACAAUGAGCCGUCAGCUUGAUCUUCACUAUCGCACCGUUGAACAACAUGCCGAGGAAUUCAAAUCCCAAUCCAGGACUAUGCACACUAUGAUCGGAGCUCAGGCUGACAAUAUCGCCGCCACCAUUAACAUGGUCAAUCAUCUCUCCCAAGUUGUCACCAACUUACCUCUCGCUAUCAACCAAGUGGUCCACAGUGCAGUUCAACAGCAGACUCAGCUGGCCCUUCGAGACAUCAUGUUUGCUCAACAACAAGCCAUGUUUUCCAUCUCAGACGUCUCCAGGGCUCGGCAAUCAGUGUCUAGUGAUGGCCUCUCCAGCCAAUGCACUUGCAACCACCAUUGCUUGGAGAUUGAGUCUAUGGCAUCAACGCAGCAUGGCAGUGGCUCUCUCAAGCAAAUUUCUCCCAAUACUUCCUCCAAGUCAAAUCGCGGCUUCAAGCAUGCAUUGAGGAGGUUAUUCGGGUCUAACAAACUCCAAUUCAUUGCCAAUUGUCUUCUUCAUACCUUCAAGAUGGGCCUUCCAGAAAUGAAGACUACUCCCAAGAAGAGCCAGACUGCGGCUCAUGACCACCGCACUCCUUCCAAGGUGAUGAAGGCUCAAAUAACCCCCAGGGUCAACAAGCUCAAGACACCUGGUUCCACUCCCAGAGACACUGCUUACACUCACAAUCUUCCCACUGGCGAGCAGAAGAAGGGCAAUGGCCGAGUCACUGGCCGCAGCCUCAUCAUGUGGAACCGUCCUCGCAUGACUGAGAAGCUUCUUCUCCACAUUCACUACGAAUGUGUUCGUCACAAGGUCAACAUUCCUUGGGAUGCCAUUUCUCACCGCCUUCGCCCCGGCUCUUCUGGCCAGGCAAUCUUGCAGCAUGUCAACCGCCUUCGCAAGGAACUCCUCGCUGAAGGCCACAUGGUGCCUCCCCCUGCCCACAAGACCUCACCUUCCACUCCCUAUGAUCCCACCGUCCGAGGCUACGUCCGUGACCCUACUAGCGAUGACAAGCGUGCCACUCGCUCAGUUGGUUUCGACGAGAAGCUGGAUGAUGCCAAGAUCAACCUUCCCGAUGCUUUUGACGCUAUGGACGAAGGUGAAGACGAGUUCUUCCCUGAAGCCAAUGGCGACGAGCUCUACAGUCCUGAGGCUGAUGCCGAUGUCAUUGCCCUUGAGGACGAUAUCCCACUCCCAGUCACGCCGACUCCCGUCCGUCACGCAGCGCCUCGCCCCCCUGUGUCUGCUUCUGCUACUCAGUACAACCUGAAGGCCCAGAGCAUUCAGCAAGACAACGUCGCUGCUACUCAACAGCUUGACCUCUUUGACAACAACCUAUUCGCUGACAUCACCCCUCCCAACUUUGUGCUCAACAACACUGAGGGACUGCAGCCUAUGGGUAUCCAGAACCCUAUCGCUUUUACCAAUGAAGCUCAGCUUUUGAUGGGCGGAGCCAACUUGUUUGACCCUUUUACCACCCAGCCUCUCACCAAGCCCAGCCAUGAGCAGAUCAGCCCCUGCGGCCAGUCACCUCUUGGCAAUGUUCCUAACUCUUUCUUCAUGGGAAAUCCAUUCAACCUUCAAUCCGGUGGCUUCUACAACAACUUGGCUCAGGCUAACUUCAUGGCUCAGCCUAACCUCAUGGCCCAACCUCCCUUUGGCUUCGCCAUGCCGCCCACUCCUCCUGAUCUUUUCAACCCUGAGGAGAAGGAGGAACCCCAGAGCUCCCCAGCUGCCAACGAACACAGAGGCAUCUCCGUCUCGCCUGUGUCGUCCCCAGUUGCAGCCCAGCUGCCAACUUUCCAGCCAGAGACACUCCAGCCAGAGAUUGAGAGCCCAGAGCAGCAGUUCGACGAGGCCACUCCUGCACUCCCAUUUUCCGACGAUUUUGUCGGCCACGAGCUCUUGCUCGAGUUCCUCGCCAACUCGGAGUAA